UUUCUGCAGAGUUUGCUCUACUUCUAGCAUGUCUGAAAUCAAGUGAAAGUUGAUUUGUAAAUUGUGAAUUGACAAACAAAUGUCAAACAAAUAAUUACGCAUGUGCUAAAAUGUGUAACUAUAGUAGUUUCAAAUAUGUGUAAUGUUGUCGUCCAGAGUAAAAAUCUUCAAGUUAUUCUUGGAAAUUGAAACUGGGUCGAGCAAGAAUCCCCCUUCAAUCUGUUUGUGUUAGACAUUGGAAUGUAAACAUGGCGACAUUAUGCUGUGUUUAUAAACGUAAUGUUACAGCCCGAUGAGAGACUCUGUCAAAUCUGUUGCAAAAUGCAUUCAUUCAUCUCAGCCAAUGCGCUGGGGAAGCGAUGAACUUGUUCCGGGCCCUUAUUCCGUGUGCAUUGCAGCGAAGCUGUUGGGCCGAAGAUGAGCGCAUGACUCGAAGGAUGGGAGCUUCUGUCUCCAGUCCUUCGGUAGACCUGCAGGGACAGUUUGGCUCCAACGGCGUCCGCUACUCCGUAGGGUACCAGCACUCCGGCAUGCUGCUCUCGCACACAGGAGAGCAGUUGCCAGUGGUUGUCAGGGAGAGGAAGAAAAAGGCGACGGGCUUCGCAACGCUGCGCAAGAAGCUGAUCCGGCGGCGGCGGUCGUCGAAGACGUGCGACCACGGGCGCGUGCUGCGGGAGUUCGUGUCGGACUGGAGUGCCGCGGAGGUGGCGGCCCUGCUGGAGGAGUACGAGGCGCUCGCCGCGCUCAAGGACCUCUCCGUGCAGGCGGAGCUGGCACGGCCGCCUGCCGCCACCUACAAGCAGGACCUGUCCACGCUGUACGACUUCAAGCACUGCACGGACUGCGACCUGGUGUUCCGUGGCGUCUGCUUCCCGGUGCACCGUGCCAUCCUGUCCGCGCGCUGCCCCUACUUCCGCGACCUGCUGGCGGGCUGCCCCGGCUACGGGGCGCGCAUCUGCCUCGAGCUGCGCACCCCGGGCGUCGACGUGCAGAUGUUCUCGGCCCUGCUGCGCUACCUGUACACGGGCGACAUCUGCACGCACGAGGGCGGCGUGGACCGGGGGCUGCUGAGGCGGCUGGGGGAGGAGUUCGGCACGCCGGGCCCCCUGGAGCACGACCUGCGCUACCUGCUGGAGACGGGCGACUACGCCGACGCCGCGCUCGUCUUCACGUCCGACGGCGGCGACUACCAGCGGCCCGACUCGGGCUCCUCCGAGUACGGCUUCCGCCCCAAGCUGGAGCUGCCGUGCCACAAGGCCAUUCUCAGCGCCCGCUCCCCCUUCUUCCGCAACCUCAUCCAGCGCCGCACCAGGACCGGGGAGGAUCACACGGAGCGCGCCCUGCACAUCCCCACGCGCAUCGUGCUGGACGAGUGCGUGAUCCCCAAGAGGUAUGCGCGGGUGCUGCUGCACGCGGUCUACCUCGACACCGUGGACUUGUCGCUGAUCCUGCGCGGCAGUGGCUGCGGCAGCACGGCCGGCAGCCUGGGUGAGGUGCAGCAGCUGACCCACACGGGCCGGGCGCGACCCUCCGCCCUGGAGGAGGCCAUGGAGCUGUACCAGAUAGGCAGGUUCCUGGAGCUGGACAUCCUGUCCCAGGGCUGCGAGGACCUGGUGGUGGAGGGGCUGUCGCUGGAGUCGCUGCCGCAGGUGCUGCGCUGGGGGGCUCAGCCGCACGGCUCGGCCUGGGUGCAGCGCCAGGCCGCGCGCUUCCUGCGCGAGGAGUUCCAGGCCGUGGCGCAGUCGCCCGUACUGCACCAGCUGGAGCGCGCGCACCUGGCCGCGGCCCUGCGCAGCCACUUCCUGCAGGCCAGCGAGCUGGAGGUGCUCCAGGCAGUGCUCAGGUGGGGCGAGCAGGAGCUGGUCCGGCGCAUGGAGGACCGCGAGCCCAACCUGCUGAGCCACACGGCGCACUCGGUGACGCGCAAGGGGGUGAAGAAGCGGGACCUGAGCGACGUGGAGCUGCGCGAGAUCCUGUCGGAGCUGCUGCCUCUGGUGCGCAUGGACCACGUCCUGCCGCCCAGCAGCGAGGUGCUGGUCCAGGCCAUCCGUCGCGGCCUGGUGAGCACGCCGCCCAGCCACAUGCUGGGGGACGAGCGGGAGGGCCCGGCGGCCCGGCGCGCCAACGCCUGGGUGCGCUCCGGCCGCAGCGACGGGCGCCUGUUCGUGACGCCCCGCCUGUUUGCUCCCUACUGCGAGGAGGUGAAGGCCCAGCUGGAAGGGGGCGGCGCGCGGGACGGCGACCUGGCCCGGCUGCGCAUGGCCCGCUACGUGCGCGACAUCCCGGACACCCUGUACAUGGUGGAGGACAAGCCCCGCCCCCCGCCCACCGCCGGCGUCGACGUGCUGGCUGCCGCCCUCCCGGUGCCGGACUCCGCCACCAUGGCGGCCAUGCUGAAGCGGGAGCAGAAGCUGCGGCAGGCGCCCAGCGUCCAGCGUGCCGUCUCCCUCCCGCUGUCGUCGCGGCACGACAUCAACCGGCAGGUGCGCCUGCGCGUCGUGCGCGAGUUCAACCUGCCCGAUGCCGUGGCCGACCUGCUGGAGAGCGCGGCCUGCUACUGCUCGUCGCAGGAGGACGAGGACGCAGACAUGGGCAUGGACGACGACGACUCCCCUUCCCCUUCUCCCCCCGCCAAGGUGCUGGGCCCCGGACCCCUGCCCCACCACUUCGGCCGCAACAUGACCUUCCCCCGGGGGCUGGGCCCCGCGGGGUGCCGCAGGCGGGAGCUGCCGGCCGUCGUCACUGAGGGAGACUCCUACCGCAUGCACACGGAGGUCAGCUGCUCACCUUUGUCUGCAAUGCAUCAAACUUACAUUAUCUGGAGAGCAGCUCGUGCAGCGACGGCCACCUGUCGGACAUCAUGCCCGACGUCGCGAUGGCCACCGCCUCGUUCGGCCAGCUGCAGCUGCAGGAGCACGAGCUGGAGCUGGACCUGGGCGACGGCAACCCGCACCUCCACGGGCCGGCCCCGCCGCUCUUCCACCGGUACCUGGGGCCCGGCCCCCCGCCGCCCUACCUGCACCGCAGCGCCUACCACACCGGCCCCCCGCGCUUCAUCUAGUCCACCCCCGCUUCCCCCGCUCCCCGCUCCACGCUGCUUCGGGAGACAGAUCGCCAGUUUGCCUUCCCGGAUCUUGACACUAUGGGCAAAUUGCAAGCCAGUUACAGGUAGAGACAAGAUUUUGUGGUGUUAUUUUAACAAUAUGUGUUAUUAAGAAAGCUAGAUUUUAGUGUUAUGUGGGUUUUUUUUUUUAAUUCAAAAUAACUAUGGCAGAAUUUCCACAAUUACGUUGCAUUGCUUGUAAAUUUAGUAAAACACUCGAUCAAAACUAAAGAAUUAAUUUUUAUGUACUCACAUACAGUAAAACCCCAUUGUUACAACCCCUCUCAGUUCCCGGAAAUAGGUUGUAAUAGAGGAGGGGUUGUAGUAAACAUUUAGGAUGGUGAUGCCCUUUCACCUCCUCCCCCGACCUUUAUAUCAAAACAUGCCAUGUUUCACUCCGAAUCUGUGUUCAGUCGUAUCUGGCACGAAACUGACAAUGUUUUCAAAAUUAAAUAUAAAUUGGUUUUAACAGUCGACGUCUUCCGAAAAGAAAAGCACAUUGGACCUUUUACUUCUGUCACCAAAACGAGCAUAAACAGGCGCAAUGUGCGGUGCAGCUGUAUCUUUUAACGAGCGCUAGGUCCAUCUGACACUUAUUUCAUAAGGAAAAAUGUUGAUUUAUGAGCAUGUGUGCCGUAACUAUAUACCACGCCAGAGGUAAAGAAAGUCAAGCGCCAUGAAAAGUGGAAUGUUACAAAGGGAGGAGAAAGGGAGAGUCAGGUAGGAGGGAUGGUGGUUAGCUGUGCAGUGUGUGCCUCUCUUUGGUGAAAAGGGCAAACCUUUUUUUGCGCUGUGAAGUGACUUUUUUUUGUCAACCCAGAGAAACGAUAAUUGCCAGGGCUGUCAAGGUAAACAUUGCCUGUGGCAGCUAAAACCCUAGGGGCAUAGAGGUGCAUGAUCAUCCUGGACUGUAACUGUGUAUAUCUACUCGAAAAACGUGUCAACAUAACAGAGUCAUUCCUUACAUUUAUAGCUGGAUGUUAUCUACCAUAUACAUACAAGUUUUCUCUGCCACGUUUUUGAAUAAAAGUAACCAUCGAGCGGGCACUGCGUUGCGAACUGUUUUACGACAAUUAUAAAGCCCUAUCAGUUUCCUAUUUGCUGACAGUUCUGAUAUAUUUUUAACUUCCUUCUGUGUAAAAUAAGGUAUGCUGAUGAUACAGUUGUUAUGUCUGAUGGUGCAUGUUAAAUCUGUCUUUUUCUUUGUUGUUUUUUUCUCAGUUUUGUUGGUGAAUGUAGUGGGAAAUAAAAAUCUUCUCAUGAAAACCCCUAAAAAAUUUCCUUAAAUCUCAGGAUUUUUUUGCUGGCGAAAAAAACUUUGUGACCCUGAAACUUUUCCCUAAUUUCAGGAUCCUGAUCUCAUUUUACACAAAUUGGUAUGAUGUAUAAAAAAAGUGUAGUUUUGUCAACAACUGUUCACAAAAUCUAGCCUAAAGCACAACCAAUUUAGUUUCUCAGAAAAUGAGUGGAUCACCCAUAAUUGUUCACCAAAUCAAACCUUAAAAGUUAAUGAAUUGGAAUAAAAUGUAAUAAGUUGUCAACAAACAGGAAUCAAGAUCAAGAGAGAUCCAAAACCAAAUUGUAAAAACAGAAGCAAACUUAAAGGUGUCCAAGAGCAAGUGAUAUCACAGUAGUUGGCUGCCGGGCAGGCGGGGAGACAUGCUGGUAUCACGGAACCAGUAUCAGUAGUAGGAGGGAGAGGGGGUGUCUACUACCCACCCGCAGUACAGCGCUGACCAAGAGUAACACAGCGCAAUAUGCUUCAAACAAAUUUUCCUGUAGAUUUCCUUCAAAAAAUAUUUCUAUCAUGGUUUCUAGAAGAGGGUUUUAAUAAAUGGGGUUUUACUGUAUUUAAAACAAAUAAACUAGAAUUACAAAAACAUAAUGAUCCAUAAAAUGACAAAUUCGCAAUAAUUCACCUAAAACUAACUUGAUGUUGUAGCAAAACUCAACACAAAAACUAAUACAGAAGGAAAUUUAUGCAGAGACUUAUGUAAGUUUGCAUCUGCAAUGCUAAGCCUAAUCAUAUUUCUUGGCCUCAAAGACUAUUUGCCGUUUGGCAAGGUUUGUUGUGAAAUUUCAUUUCACAUUUAUAUGCUGCCAACUUGAGACACUGUUUUAAUUUUGUCUGAUUUACUGUGUGAAGUUAAGACAAUUUUUCUUUCAGAAAAAAAAAAUAAUUACUCAAUUUGGUUUUGAUGUCACCUAGUUUUGAUGGGAGAACAUGUGUUGUAAGGUAGGAUAAUCCUUCAAGAAAGGUUAGCAAGUCUACUAAAAAUGCACAAUUCUGUGACACAAACAAAGCAUCAAGUUCAGAAACAUGAUCUCUUCUGGCGUAAUUUUUAGGAAUUUUACCCCAUGGUUUUCUUGCUGGUUUUGUUCAGAAACUCAGUGUUAUGAAUGUGCUCAUUUAUGUAAUUGACACUCAAACCAAGUUUUCUACCAAAUUAAUACCGGCUGAGGUAACUUUUUCUUUGAAGCAUUCAAUGGAUUCUUGGUCUUAUAAACUUAAAUGUAUUGGUGUUUGUGCUAUAUUGUGUUGUGAAAAACAGUCUUCAUUUUCACCACAACAUUUUUAAGUUUCCUCAUGUUAUUUUGCCAUACAAUUUCAACCAAAUGUAGUUUGUUUGCCCAAACAGCCCCUGAAGUGUUGGGGCACAUUUUUUGAUGUAGUGUGCUGAAACAAUCGUAAAUGAUACAACUUGUUUAUUUUAUAUUGUACCUCGUACUUAUUGGAUAACAUCAGUAACUGCGUAGGCACAAUAUGAUGAGUCUGCACAGUCCAGCACAACAGAUGCAAUGAGAAAUACUGACUGACUGUAGAAGGUUCAAGUGUUCUAAAAGAUGACUUUGUCUUGAAUGCAUAUUUUUGUCACUUGUGACACGCUUAACUUGUGUAUCUCGUCUUUCGGAGUCAAGUCUGCAGCUGCAAAAUUAGCAAAUUAAAAGUAAUCAUUAACGUAAAAUCCAUUACUUAAAAAUGCUUUCUUCCUGUUACUUACAGAAACCUACAUUUGAAGCAUUUAAAAAAAGUUAAAAACACUCCAGCUCUAACCUUGCAAAAACUUUCCAUGCUUGAAAAUAUUAAAACAAUAGAUGGAAAUAAGUAAGAAAUGCCAACAUGCACAUGCAAAAAAUGUAUGGAACAUGUGUUUAUGAACAAUAAUCACUUUAGGCAAAGUAGAUGUAAUUUUUUAUUAACCAAUUCACCACAAAAUUGUGUCUCUAGAAAAGUUACUGUAGGGACUUGAUCGGAAGACGAAAAACAGUCUACCUCACCUUAGUCAAUGUUGUGGACGUGAGAGUUGAUAUUUGUUAUCAUAGCCUCAGUGUCGCCACUGUCCCAAUGAUCCGGCUGGAGCUUUUCCGGUUUGCUCCUGGCUCUCUUACGGCCGUGAUGUCGUCCGAAGCACCGCGAGUGAUGCUGCUGAAGCUCUAAAUCCUACUACUUUUUUCACUCUAAUCCAAACGAAAGCAUGCGUGCUUCGUUGGUUCUAGUGCCCCUGUGUUCGCCCGUGGUUCUGGGAUAUAUUUUGGAAUACGCCUGGAAUAUUUGCUAGUUCAUUGGUUUUCCUUGCGUGUCACAUUUGAGUCUUGGUUCUUCCAUUGAAGUAGCAAGACACAUGUUGGAAAUAUACUGAUUACUGUUAUUGUAACUGAUCAACUGAUCAUUUACAUGUGCUCUGAAUGCUGGCAUUGAUUCCAGGUGUAGUUAAUACAUUCAAUAACUCUUUUGUAUAGUUACAUAUACUUUUUGCUUAUGGACUUUUGUGAGAAUAUAUGUAAACAAAGUAAUAUUUUCAUCAACUAAAUAUUUCUGUUUGUUCUGUUUUAUUUCACGCUUAUUUUCAAUGCAAGUGACGGCAUUUGGUACAAUAUUUACAGUCUCAGAUUAUUUUUUGAGUGUCGUCUUGUGAAGAAAAUUGGGGCCUCCUGUCUGAGCAGAACUUUUGUGGUGUACAAAUUAUUAUAGUAAGUAUUGUUUCAUUAGAUGGUGAUGGAGGAUCAGAGAGAAGGGACUUAAGUUUCAUUGUAGGCUGCGUGUAGGUGUAAAGUAGGUUUACAUUCAGUUCUGUUCAUUUGUAGUUCUGAUAGUAACUGCAUAUUGUUUCAUCUCAUAGUGCUGUCAUCAAUUGUUCUGAGUGAAGUUAUGACUAAAGAUAUUAUUUGCAAUUUCGGUUCUGUAUUAAUAUGGACUUGUAAAUUGUGAUUUUGUGUGUGUUACAGGAAAUGUACAAAAUGUAAUUUUUCUUUCUUGUUUUUGUGGGCUAAGAUUGUUCCUUCUCUUUAUGUAGGUUGUUUAUUAUCUUUAUAUAAGUUAUCUUCCAUUAUUGUGGAGGAUGAUAUAUGUUACAUUUGUCUCUUGUUGUAAUUUAUUCUGUAAACUUCAGAGCAACGUACUUUAAUUUUUUUACUGUUGGUUUAUUUGUAUUGGUAGGGUAAAUGUGUGAGUGCAGUUGUAAGAUAUGCGCCAGCGAAACUGUACAAAGUGGACUCUGCUGGGCUUGUGCUUGUCCGUAGCACAGUGAUGUUUUUGUCACUUGUAACUGAUAGUAUCGAUUAGGUGUAAGAUGUUGUUAGUGGCGCUCCAUUGUGAAAUUGUCAAUCCAUCAAGGGUAGUUAAGUUCAGUAGCAUUACGUAAAUCUUUGCCACUUGUUGGAAUACGCAGAAUAUUGGGGAAUUGAUGAACAAUGUCUUUUCUUAAACAGAAUGUAAACUUUUUUUUUUUAACAAUUAUACAGUAAAACCUCGUGCAACAAUCUCCUAUAUAAUGAAAUCCUCGUUAUAAUGAAACAGCUGUUAGGUCCCGCCAAAAUGCCACAGAACCUUAUGUAUUUGUACCUCUAAAUAACUAAGUAUUUUUUUAACAGUUCCAACAAAAACACCCGCUAUAGCAAAGGAAAAUUUUUCCAAAUGUUUAGGUAGAAUUGUCAUAUUUUUUCCAUUUGCUUGUGGAUGUAUUACGUUUCAGCAAAUAAACAAAUACUGCCGUCAUCUUAUAUUGACUGACCAUAGAACUAUUGACGUACUGAAACGCACUUUGAAACUAGUGAAGUGAAACACAUUGUACCAACAUUAGCUAACGAACACAUUGUACCAACAUUAGCUAACGAAAAAACCACUUCAGUUAAUCAAUAUUACGAACAUCGCCUAGAAAAUUUCUCACAUAUCACACUUGCACAAAUUUACGUCUGUGUUCUGUGAAAAUGGGCGAUUGUUGUAAUGAAUACCGAUAUGCAAUCUGGAUUGUGUGGAAGUGUUACUUAACUAAAAUUCGCAGGAGUUUAGGUGUUGUUUCCAAAUUGUAAAAUAAAUGUCACUUAAUGAGUUUUAUUGUUUGGAGGUUAGUUUUGAUGGAUUAAUUUUGUUUACUUACAAAUUAGAUUAUGGUUGGACAAACCAUGUGCAAUAGUUUAUGAUUGGACUUAAUUUUGGGUGAUAUAUUUUUCAUUUUCAGAUAAUGGAUUAAAAAAAAUAAAACACAAUAUAUUUUACCAUGAAACUGAAAAUUCUGUAUACUGUUAAUCAGGGAAGCAAAAAGGUUGAUUUAGCCAAAAGAUUUAGGCCGGCUUGCACAGUUGUGACUUGAGGCAAAGUAAAGUAUUUAUCCAUUUGAUUAACCUGCAAAGUUUUUGCUUAGAUUUUAUUUACCUUACUCCGCAAAUCACCCUUAGCAUCCCAAAUUCAACUCUAUUAACUAAUUUAUUUUUGUAGUAUUGAGUUUUGAAUUCACCUCAUUAUAAAGAAACCUCACUAUAACAAACAAACCCAAAUUGAGUCCCUUCAGGUUUGUUAUACCGAGGUUUUACUGGUUUACUUAAUUAUUUAUAUGAAAAUAAAAUUAUAUAAAUUUGAACUAGGUAUUUGUGAGUACAUACUUGAAUCUCAAGUUCGAGUCAAGUAUGUAUAUAACUAGGCCUGUGCAAAUAAGCAGGAGCAUGUUAUAACAUUUUUCGAGAGGCCAAAGGAAAAAUGAUAAGCAGGAAAUAACAACUUAGCACUUGACAGUGUUUGAAUUUUUUACCAAUGGACUCAUCAAGCUGUGUAAAAAAAAUUUAAUGUUAAAACUGCUGAUGAGUACACUCGAUGCUCAGAUUUGCUUUAUCAAGCUAACAAUUUUUCAACUUUUACGUGCGUCCAGCUUCUAUUUUAUUUGUCUUUAAAGAUACACUGCCACGUUUCUGUAAAAUUGUCUCACAAUUUAUGACGAUGAUUUUAGAGUGAGAAUGCCUACUUCCAAUUCCUUCACUGUGAAAAUGUGUAAUUUUGGGAUUACUACUUACGAAUGAAAUAAAUGAAACUCUAUGGGCAAUAGAAAUUUUUUUUUUGCCAUCACGGAAUAGUUGGCUCAAUCAACAUUGUAGGACUGCGUAUGUACAUCUGAAAACACACUAGAAUGACAAGGAAUGGAAGGAUUUUUUUUCCAAGAUAAGGGUGCCAACUGACACGUAGCUGUGAACAUUAUGUACCUUCGAUAUAUUGAAUGCACAACAUUAGCCAGCACUAACAUGUAGCACUCUUAGGGCCGGUAUUAUGACCUCCGGCCAAAUCUCCAGUUUAGCUAGCCUUCAGGUUAGGCUAGCCUCCAGUUAACGAACGAGGGGUGUAUUAUGACCCAUACUUAGCCUGCGGUUGGCUAACCGGAACCUGACGAAGCGUGUGGUGUAAUAAUGGGUGUGUUGGUAAUGAAAUAAACCAGAAUUCGGUAACUUUUGUUGCAAGACAGUUUUUUUUUCUGGUAGAAUGUUAGUCAGCUGUUUGUUUGUAUUGUGAUUCGGAAUGUUUACAGCUGCAGUAAAGAAAUAUGCCGCGAACUUUAUCUUGCAACAGAUAUAAUUAAAUUAACCAAAAACUACUUUGACGUCAAACCUGCUUUGUAUUAAACCAUAAAAUUACAAUUUAUGAUUCAAAACCGUGUGUUUUCAACUUUACUCUUGUAUUGAAACUCGUGAUUUUGUUAGGUUAUAUAUUAAGCCAAAACUAACGAAGUAAUUCUAUACAAACAAAUAAAUAGGGAUGACAUUUUUGCUAGAGAACACUUAUUUCUUUCAUAAAUUUAUUUCAUAAUCAAAUAAUAUAGACCCUGUUUCGGGAAAAUACUUGUCGAUUUUCAUUUCACUGGUGCAGCUUUCAUUUUUGUACAUACUAAUAGUUUCGUAUCACGUAUCCAAAUUAAUCCGAUCCUGAUGGAAUUAGUUUGUGGUAUAGGAUGCUUGCUGUUUUAAUUUAGUAGGUCGAGAGAUCCUAGACAUAUUCACUGGGGAAAUAAUUAUGAUUGUAAAAUGUAUACGAAAGAAAUACAUUUUUACAAGUACCUGACAUAAUUUGUUUGUAUCGUGAUAUGUUAGGUAUUUUGAGUUAUGUACAGGAUUUUUCAACAUUCUAAAUUAAAACAGCAAGUAUAAUGUAAAACAGGACCAACAUAUAAAGGGUCAUGCCGAUAGGAUCAAGAGAUAAACUUGGAUAUGGGAAACAGAAUAAUUCCAGUGCUGUUUUCGUUUUGCACUUGCGUGGCAGGUAGAUAAUAAGUACCUAAAGGUUUGUAAGAUAGGGAAGGGGUAAUUGGGUAACAUUUAUUUUCACAUUCAAUUGUAUUCAUUGAAUUAGAACCAUGUCUGAAGUCGUAUGAAGUGCAUUUCAUUCCCGGCAUAUGUCCACUGUAUUACGAAUAAAAAUUCACAGAUACAACUUCUACGAAAACAUGCUUUUUAUAGGUAAUAAUAACCCUCGUUUGGCAAUUUUAAAAUUCACUUAUUUACACAUAUUCUUAAGCAGGAACAUUUAAGUUUAUAUACAUUGCAUACGUUUAUGUACUUCGUGAUCAAUUAAAGUCAAAUAAUAAUACACGACUCAACGAGAAUAGAAAAGCGUGACUACACUUUCAUGCCAUGUAAUUUUUAAUAAAACUUUGACGAAUACGGCGAAGCAUUUUGUAUUUAGUAAUAAAUUAUUCCAUCGCAUCCUGCAAAUAUUCAAUAGAAUUUCUCAAAUAGUCAUCAUCACUAUCAACAACUAACCUCGCCUGAUACAUCAUCAUUUUAUUUUCUGCUGCUUAGCCUCAGGUUAAGCAGCUAGCGGCCGGUUCAUCCACCCGCUAGGUUAGCCGGUACUUUAACUGGAAGGUAGACGUUAACAGGGAGUCAUAAAACCGAAAUAAGAGCUAGCCUGCGGUUAAAUUUUAGCCGGAACUUUAGCCGGGGGUCAUAAAACCGGCCCUUACAUUUUGUUUUUGCCUACAUUCCUGUUUGAACAAACUACAUGUAUGGUGCAUAUAACAGUGAUUUUAAAUAAAAAGUAUGUAAAGUGUAAAUUAAACCAUUUAACAUGUUAUGUUCACAGAUGAUAUAAAUGUUCAAAUAGUUAGCUUUUUAAAACUUUUUUCUGCAUUUACUGAAUCUUCAAACGCAAACGUAUAAGCAGGAAAUGCACUGUAAAUAUCGGAUAUCGCGAAUUUUUAGAACGGAAAGAAAAAAAAUGGAAAACAUGGUUUUCACACACUAUCCACAUCCCUAUGUUUACUCUGAAGGGAUUUGAAAAAAUUAAAUUUUUAUUUCUUACAUUACAAUACCUGUGCUUUUACGCUGCCAUCCCCAUUUAUUGUGUACGCUCAAUAAAUAGGAAUAUGUCUUUUCCAUAUACUUGAUAUGUUCCUGAAUUAACCCUGAUAAGAAAGGUUUCUUAAUUUCUACUGGUUUGUGAAAAAAUAACAGUUUACAGCUUACAUUACAAUACCUAUCUAUUCACGCAAUCACCAACAUUCAUUGUUUACCCGUGUGAAUUAUAAUUUUUUUUUUUGGAGAACCUUAGUCAAUGUAUGUGUUUUAGUAAUAAUAAAAUUCGUUUAAAUAAUGACUAUUGAAAUUGUAAGGAAUUUUUAAUGCUUAUAUUUCAUGUUUGUUGUUUUAUUAGAUUAAGUAAUUGUAUUACAAAAUAUUUGUUUUGUUACUUGCAUAUAAAGUACGUACUGUUUUGAGUUAAGUUGUAAUGGGUGAGUCUAAUUGGGAGGCAAACAUUUAAAUAUGAUUGUUAACGUCUUUCAUUUUCUGUAAGGAGUACUUACAGCCAUCUAUAUUGUGUGUGAUAUGUCUGGUGUUUCAUGUAUCCCAAUUUAUGCCUGGAUCCUGAAGGCUUAAUCCUGAUGGCAUGAUCCUGUUUACUUAAUCCAGUGUUACAUAAUGCUUGCUGUUUUAGUUCAGUACGUCGAAAGAUCCUGAUGUCAUGAUUCUGUUGGCUUCAACCUGUGAUGCAUGGUGUUUGAUGUUUUAGUUCAGUACGUUGGAAGAUCCUGCACAUGAAAGAAAUUGUGUAUAAGAAAGAAAUGUGAUUGUAGGUUGGAAAAAAAAAUCCUUUUUAUUUGACUUAAGAUCAUAAUUCAUUUAUAUAUAUAUAUAUAUAUAUAUAUAUAUAUAUAUAUAUAUAUAUAUAUAUGUACAAGAUCUUCCAAUGUACUGAAUUAAAAAAGCAAGCAUCAUGUACCACAUGAUCAUGCUAUCAGGAUCUUUCGAUGUGCUGAACUAAAACAGCAAGCAUCAUGUACUACAGGAUCAAGCCAACAGGAUCAUCCCAUCAGUAUCUUUCGAUGUACAGAAUUAAAACAGAAAGCAUCAUGUACCACAGGAUCAAGCCUUCAGGAUCCAGGGAUAAACUUCAAUAUAUGAAACAGAAGAAUUAGCAAAUUUUUAAUUCUCCAUAGUUGGCUACAGUUGUGCUGAACAAAGAGAUACACGAUCACAGGUAAACAAUGAAUGGUGGUGGCAGUCAGUGAUGCCAACUUGGGGGUUUCCCCCCCAAUUUAAGGUAGAACCAAGAUGUAAAGGGGGUUUUUUAGGGAGUACAUUUAUUUAGGGGGAUUUUUUAGCAUGUAGAUUAUUGAAGAAAUUUUUUUGAGGCCAUGAAAUUAAAGUGUAUAUCUUGAAAAAAAGUGAAAAAAAAAAAACAGCAACACAAGUGGCGUUGGUGGCUGAAUAUCGCACUAUGACUAACAAAUUCCGUUUUCACUUUUACCGCUUUUAUUGUUCGAUGUUUUCACGUCACGUUGAGGUUCUGUCUGUAGUUUGUUGUCUACUUGCAUAUUUUAUUUAGAAGACAUUGAAGCAAUUUAUUUUUAUUUCAAUUAUUUCUCGUUUAACUUUAAAAGAAAGGUUUAGAAAAGUUAACAAUAGAAAAGUACAUAAAGCAAAAAAUAAUUUAUGAAAAGAAAAUAAUGAUGAAGCAAAAAAAUGUAUGCAAAGAAAAGUUAAAACAAAGCUAACUAAGAAAAGAAAAGUUAUAGAAAUAAAAAAUAUAAAUUUUUCAUUGUUAUUAUGAUUAAUAUUAUUAUUCAUAAGUUACUUGAUGUAGGCUUUUGGACAUACGCCAUUGCUUAGCACAUGUAUGUCUGCAGAAGAAAACUACAAAAAAACACAAAUGACAAAAAACACAAAUUAAGCAAAAAUUGCUGUUGUCAGGAUUUAACGCCACACAAUAUUCCACAACAGGAAUAUGGUCAACAAACAAGGAAAAAACAAAGAAAAAUGGACUAACAGAACGAAAAAACCCCCACAAAUGAUGACAGCACAAAAAUUCCGAACCCAAAAAAAUUCAACACAACAGUUGAAACGAGACAAAAAACACAGCAAAACGAAAAGACAAAACAAACACAAUAGUUUUCCAGAAAAACAAAAAACAAAAGAGAAACGGAAAAAAAACAUAAAAACCCCCACAAAUGAUGACAGCACAAAAAAUAUUGAACCCAAAAAAUUCAGCACAACAGUCAAAACGAGACAAAAACACAACCAAACGAAAAGAUGAAACAAACACAACAGUUUUCUAACUUUUUUUGUAGUUUUCUUCUGCAGACAUACAUGUGCUAAGCAAUGGCGUAUGUCCAAAAGCAUACAUCAAGUCAUGCACUCCCAUUGCACAAAUCUUUCAAAGAUAAUUCAUAAGUUAAUGUGUAUAUGUGUAAAAUGCCCCCACAUAAAUGCAACAGCUAUUUUAUACUACUUCAGAGUAUUUUAAUUUUAUAUUUGAAAUAACCUCUCAAACAGGUUGUACAAUGAAUACUUCAGGGGUUUUUAAUUGACAUCUAGGGGUAUUUGAAGUUGGUCCUAGGGGGAAAACACUGUAGGAGUUGGCAUCACUGGCAGCAGUGUGAAAACACAAGUAUUGUAAUAUAAGCUUUAUACUGUUAUUUUUCACGAACCAGUUGGAAUUUAAGAAACCAUCCCUCGGGGUAAAUUUAGGGACAUGUGUAGUGUGUGAAAACCAUGUUUUCCGAUUUUUUCUUACCGUUGUAAAAAGUUGCGAUGUCUGAAAAUUACCAAAUGCACCAUUUGUGAAACAUUAUAUGCUGUAAAUAAAUACAUUGGUCUUGUAGGGAAAAAUCUCUAGACCUAAAAAAUAUGAUGUUAUAAGCAGGAACAUAACAGGGUUCUACUGUAUUAAAACAUUUAAAUACAAGUAUGAAUAUUUUUUUUAUUCGUAUUCAGUUCAACCUUAUAUAUUAACACUUCGAAAUAACGAAUUUUCUAUUGGUUCUGAAUAUUUGACCUAACGUUCCUCGUUUGUUUGUCACAUAGAAACAUUCAUUGUUGAGGUUAUGUCAUUUGUGCGAUAUAAAUACCCACUUUAGGUGUUUUAAUCUGUCUUAAAAAAUAUUAAUAGUACUCUGUAUUUUAACAAUGCAAUUUUGUUCACUUCUGUCAAAUUAGCAAAAUAUGUUUCUAAUAUUAUUAAACUAAAAUACAGUUUACCUGGCUGCCAUUUACAAUGAAAACUUGAAUAAAUAGAAUUUAAACAUGUAAAUAUGAGCUCUAGAGAUGUUAGUUUCCCGAAAGAUCAUUAUAAUGAAAAUGUUUCAUUAAUUUAGCAGAAAAUUUUCCAGCAGUUUGUACAUACUUAAGUAUAAAAACAGAAAUUAACCUUACCAACUGGUUUAUGCAAACAUAGCAAAUACAAAAAAAGUACGUAAGUCAUUAGGUGACACAGACAGACUAAAAACAUAUGGGAAAUCUCCACAAUUCUAUGACUUCUUUCCACCUUCAAAGUUUCUUAUCUUAGUGUAAUACAAUGGUAACAUAAAAUUUUAAAAGUGAUAUUAAAAGUUUGCAAUAGAGUUUAUAUGCUUAUAUAUUACAGUAUCAAGAAAUUUUACUUUUACCAUAAAACAGCAACCUAUCUUAAAUUAUGUAAAUCUAUGUAUGUUUUAGAAGAAAGGAAAAUUCUCAAAAUAAAAUUAAUGGUUACAUUUUACCAAAAAAAAUUUUUAAUUUUUCUUAGAAAAUUUUCCAUCUCACAGCCUUUAUGAGUUUAUAUAAUUACUUUUUCAUGAAUACAGCAUUUAAUAAAAGUCACAUUUUUCAUGAAAUCGUUUGGAUUUUUCAUUACAUAUUUUAUUAUUUUGCGGCUCGUAAACAUUUUCUUGAGCAAUAUGUAGAGUAGCUGGUUCCGGGAAAUAAAAAGAAUAAAAACUGAAAAAAGGUUGGUUAGGAUAGAUUGGGAUAGUUGCACUUUUUUCUCUUUAAAAAUUUUAAUAUUUUAACAAACAUUUUACAUGUGAUUAUUGGAGCUGUUUGAGUAGCGCUCUAACGUGUCAUAUAUUAGGCAUUAAGCUGAAAAGGGCGCUGUUUGGAAAUAGAAGCACGUACCAUGCAUUUUACCACAACCCUACUUGUUUAAUUACAUUUCAUUUUUUGUAAAAUGUUUGUUGAUAAAAAGUUUGACAAUGCUGCAUGGCAACACUGAAAUGCACAAGUUCCGUCAAAUGUCUGUCGUCGUGGAAAGUCGUAUACGUGACUGGAGGGGAAAAAAAAUUUGUUUUAAGUAAUGGUAGUGCUGCAAUAAAAAAUUGAUCUGCAAGGUGAGAAUUUAUUGCAUGUACAUUUUCAGCAAUUGCCCAUUUUAUUCUGUUUUAUCUUCGGAAAAUAGCAUUUACUUUGGUUAUUCGUGGUUGAAAUUUAAAUAGCGUUCACUGCAGUAAAAAAACAGCAGUGGUCGGUAGCCAUUUUACAUUCAUGAGACUUUUUUCCUUGCAUCAUGGUUAACACAUUAUGCUUGUCUAUAAAUAUACAUGUUGCCUGAUAUCGUAAGAGACUUUUGUUUAGUAUUUACAUAAAGUAUUUUAUUGGUAAUAUUACUACAUUAAUUUAGUUUAGUUACAAGAACAAGGUAUGCUGAAAAAUUAACUGGUAGACAUCAGUACUGGGAAUGAUAUAUGUUUUACAAAAACCUUUAAAGAAUAUUUAUUAUUUUGAAUAAUUAUUUAUAGAAUAAACAUUUGAAAGAAACUUUUAAGAUGUUGUUAUAAGUUUUGUUUUCAAAACUUUGGGAGGCUUAUUCAUAACAAGAAAUAAAUAAUCUAAAUAUUAGUGGUGCAAGGUAUAUGUGUUUUGUUGCAUUUUUAAAGACUGUUGUGUUUAUUGAAUAGUUGGGAUUGUAGCACUGCGGUAAGGAAACUCGCUUUUACACAGGACCUGCCCCACUGAAUAGUUGGUAUCAGUCUAUAAUAAAUAACCUUCACACAAGAAUGCAUGCAUACAUUGAAAUAGAAAGGACAAUGCUAUAUAAAACUCAUAAAUAUUGGCUGUAACAUAGCAUAAAAGAGAAUAGAUUUUCCCAAAACAAAAAAAUAAGUAAACUAACAAGCUCAGACCACAUACUGUUCUAAAAAUGCACACCCUAAUUGUUUCUUGAAGGAUACUGUCCAUGGGUGAUACACUUGUUUCAGUUGCUCUUUCUCUUUUUUCUACAGCAUAAUCUUGACUUCCUGCUACCUGAGAAAAGGAACAGAUGGAAAUGAGAAUCACAAUCAAUCUUGCAUCACACCCUCUGCCUCCCAUCCAACCAGACAUAUAGACAUAUAGACAUAUGCCUGUUCAUGGCUCUUUGCUCCGAGUCAGUUGACUCUUGUGAGCAGAGAAAGAGCACUAUAAAUAGAGCCAAAUUGUAUAGUGUCGUAAAAAAACAAAUUUUGUCAUUAAAGAUAAUAUAUCUCAUUUUUAUUGUCUUAAAAAAUUCAUUCUAAGACACUUAAAAUGUGUACAUAAAACAUAUUGAUGAGUGUGUUAUAAAUAAACUGCAACUAAGACAUUCAGUAGUCUUCUGUAAUGUUCCUUCUUUCACGUGAAAGUUAUAAAUAUGAAAAUAAAAAGUACAGCAAAACAUUUUUUUGGAAUGUCUGUAGCUUAUAUGGAUUUUUUUGACAAGUUUUGUUAUUUUUAUUUUUAAAGUAUCGACAGUAUUGUACAUUAAUAUAAAAUUACUUAAAUAUUGUGUUCAAACUACAUAAUAUGUAGUUUAUUUUAUUUAUAUAUAUAAUUUUUAUAUACUUAUUUAAUAUAUUAGGUAUAUAAUAAAUAUAUUAUUUAUUUAUUACGGUUGUGGCAUGUUCACCAACACUUCAUAAAGAGGUUACUAGGGUGUUCAUGUGGAUAUAAAAAAAGAAACAAAAACAAUAACAAUAAAAAUCACAACAUGUAAAAAGAUACACAACAUGAUGCAAAGGACAAAACAAACAAUAGACAGGGACACAAUAAACAAUUGAGUAAUGAUACACUCAUACUCUACAGGAAGCGCUGAAUAAACAAAUUGUAGACAGAUAAUUUUACAAUUUAUAGUAAAUAGUUUGGUUUAAUAUAUAAAUAGAGAAAGAACUUACUCCACCAAAAUUAGGGUAAAAUGUAUAUGCUGCAUUUUUAUGGUAAAAUUUUUUUGAUUAAAUUGGUAUAAAAUGAAUAAUACAUUUCAGAACAAUAAAGAUAAAUUAGCGAGCAUUUAUGGUUUAUAAUUGAUUCAAUAAGAGAUGCACAAUAAAACAAAAUUAAUUUUUCUGAUCCAUGCACUUUGGUACAAUUUUUUGUCCAGAAAUGACAUUCCUUGAAUUUCAAACAUUAAGAGUUAUUUUUUGAUUUUAAUUAAGUUUUGAUUAAAUGCUUCUUAAUUCCAUGAUAAAACUGUGAAUUGGGUGCUAUUUGGUGUAUAAAAUUUAAUUUCGAUGUUAUGCUGUGUUUUGACAUGCAUUUUGGAGUUAUUUCAAUUUUAUCACAAUUCACCAUAUAAUCUUGUACCUCUUUAUAAAAUGUUAAUUUUCAAAUUUGAAAAAAAAAAUUAGAAAUUAAUUAUAUUUGUGUACUGAACUAUGUUACUACGUACAGCGACAGCAGCAUUUGCCUGAAUCCAAUUUCAAGAAGUAAUUGUAUUUGAGGUGAUAUUUACGACAUUUGAGUUACAUGAAUCCAUAGUUAUGUACUCUUUCUGAUUUGUUGGUAUAGGUAUGUUAUGGAGUACCCAAACUUGAACACAGGAAAAAAAUUACUUUGAACACCAAGAGAUACAAAAAUGAAACCUAGAAUCAGUGUUGGUAAAGGUACUAUCAACAAAAGUCAUUCAUAACCAAACAGAUAUCUGAUUCAGGGUAGAAACAUGUAAAGAGAAACUUAAGAAAAAAAUCUGUAUUUAUUCUGUGAAAUUCUCUUCAAUACUCCAAGUGAUUUGAAAUUGAGUAUAAUACGUAAUCAUAAUUUAGAUGUUAACACAUAAUUUGUGAAUAGUUUCAGUGAGAACAGCUAUUGUUCCAGUAAUGCUGAAGAGAGGUGAUGAAUGCUUGUGCAAGCUGCCACUCAGCACCCUGUUCGAGGUUACGAGGUUACAAGGAUCACUGAGAACACUGCAACUGUGGGAGUAAUGGAGAAAUGUAGCGUCAGUGAAAUAGGAUUACGGUGCGCAAAAUUCAAUACAGCACUCUCUUGAGCAUAGCAUUGCAUUAAUUAUAGACAAUCUCAUGUUGUAAUUUGCAAUAAAGCAAGUAUCAAAUACCUGAAAAGUUAUUUAUCACAACAUUAUUUUCUUAUUUUGAAGGAAUUUACAAACAAAAACAACUUAUUUAUUUUCAGAAGUGUUUUAAAUAAAAUCAGAGAAAUAAAAUUCACAAGUGUUUGACUUUGACUCUACGUGGGGGUCAUCAAACACUGGGAGUUAUAAGAAUUCUUCUUCUUUAAAUAAUAGAGGAAUUGCUAAUUCAAUAUUUGAACCUAUUUCCUUAAUUACCCAUUGCAAUUCCAAAUGUAACCUUUUUUUGUUUUGUUUCAAUAAUGUUUAAUUAACUUAUAGUUGAAUACUUUAUCCUUGAUUUUCAAGUUUUGUUAAUAGCCAAUUAAAAUUCUGCUUUGUAAUUUGUGAUUUUUUUAUAUUUGUGAAUUUUAACUUAAUGACUGAAUAAACACAGCAGAAUACUCCUUAUAGAUUUCAAUAUUUGAUUCAGGUAUGAUUUUGAUACUGUUUGAAAGUGAAUUUUGAUGUAUAGUUUUGUUAUAAUAAAAUAAUUGGUGAUUAUAUAGUAAAUUUGUAAGAGAUGUGUGGAUUGGCCAGUACAUACCAGAAAUAAGUUCAUAUAUUCGAGAGCAUUUGUUUGGAAGCUUUUAGUCUAGUGUGAACCUUCACGAAGAUUAGUUGUGUGUCGACAAUUUCCAAAUUUUGGAAACUUUGUUUCAAAGUAACAAGAUUGAGUUACAUAUUUUAAGAACAAAUUUAUUAAUGAUUGUGUGAAUUGGUGAGGUUUUCUAAUGAAGAAAUAGAAAUUGAAUUUUAAUCAUCGCCAAGUUAAUUACGUUUUAUGUGGACAUUGAUUUCAUCAUAUUAUGUUACAAGUAGGCUAAAUCAUAAGAAGAGGCCUAAACUUUGAUGUGAAUAAUUUACAAAAAUUCUUAUUUGGGCAAACUUAUCUGGAAGUAUGUGAUGCAAACGAAACAGACUACAAGACAAUAAUUUUCCACCACAGAAAAUAUUACUACAUGGAGUCCAUCCAUCAAUGAUUUGUCUUGUCUGUCACCUCCAAGAAGUAGCCCACGUUCCAGCUGAUUGAAGCAGUCCCUGUUCCAUGAAUUAUACAAUUUUCUGUUGACUUCUAUGUACCAAACUUUCGAACUUCGUUGCAGAUCUUCUUGGCGGAUAUUGAAAGAACAAUGGUCGAUUUGAUGGAGGAUUAAGAUCUGCAAGUCUGUUAAAUGUCUCUAAAAAUAGGAAGUGUUGGCAGAAAACUGGUAUGUAUUGUGUUAAUACUAUUGUUAAUGUGUGUGUAGUCAGCUAACCCGUUUUUCAGUUGGUUUUAAUGAUAUUAAUGAUUUAAUGAUAUUAGAGCUUCCAAUUAACUUUAGAUUCUUGUUUUACCUACCCCUGUUGAUUGAGCUAAUAAUAUUAAUUUGAUUUUAACUUUUCUUCAUGAGUUUAUGUCUUUGAACAGAAACCAUUUGCUUUAAAACAUUUCUGUCAAAGUUUAGAAUGUCCAGUAGUUUCAGAUGACAAGUUCUAUCUUACCAGUAAACUGAUAACUGAGAUAACCAAUUGGAAAACUAAAAUUUCAUGUGUUGAAACGAGGUAAUUUUUUUAAUUAUUCUGUUGAUUCAUGUUCGAUAGUAAUCUUUGCAUAAUUCUGGACUUUCUGGGAAUAAAUUUUAUUUGUCCAAGUAGUUGACUGCUUGAUAAAAAACAGAGUUCAUAAUAUUAAAAAUAUUUGUUUUGAUUUUCCAUCAGUUAUUUAGUAUUCUCUAAUACUAGACUAUAUUCAAAUUACAGACUUAAGUCGAAUUUCAUGUCUUAAACUAACUGUAAUCUGUUAUUCAAAUCACAAAUUAAAUUAGAAUCACCAGUUAAAGGCAAUUUUAGACUUACAGUUAAAAUUUUUAACCCCGUAAAAAUUAUAAUACAUGUUUCUAAACAUUUCAUAUAUGUUUAGUACGGUGCCCAAAUAUAUAAAAAUAAGUUUACGUCACAAGGGUGAAAAUGAAUAAAGAGAAUCACACUUAAUUUAAAUUUUGAAAACAGUAUCAGCAUAAACUUUGUUGCUAAAGAAAGUUUUGCCAAAGAGUGGGGCAAGGGUAAUGGUGGGAGGUGGCUGGAAGUUCAGGAAUGUGUUCCAUUUUCCCUCGGCAUUUGCUGCAUUCUUAUCUCAUAGUGGCAUCUCGCCAACCCUCCCCUGUGAAUAGUAAACAGAUGUGGUUGAGUUGUUGUGGUGGGAAUCAGUGAUUGCCAGCCUUCUAUCUACUGUUUGGUGUUCUGGCGAAGAACUUAAAUUUUUUCAGUCUUUAUAAUAUAGCUUUCUUUUUUUAUGUUUAUAACCUGGUGGUAAAGGAUACGAGAUCGAUACACACAACUGAAUCAGCAAACUAUUAUCUCAGAAAUAAUAUUUUUUAUCUACUAAAGAUUAUUAAGAAUAAUGUGUUCAAACUUUCACAAAGAAAUUUGUGUUGCAAGCACAGAAAUCGGAAAGUAAAUUUUCUGAAAAAGUACAAUUUUGUGACGUGGUGUGCUUUACCUCCGGGAUAAAGACAUGUUAUUGACAGUGAGGGAUAAACUCAACACCGCAGCUCAAGGAACGUGGGGAAAGAAUUGGUCUGAAGCGAACUUUAGAAACAAUGAGAAUUGCUGAACGGUGAUAAUGAACGCGGGACCUCCGGCAUGCUACUCCAGUAUUACCACUGCAUCAUCUUGCUUUAUGUAUUUUGUGUUGUUAUGGCAAGUUAAAAUUAGGAGAUAUCUACUCAUUUAAAUUGAGUACAUAUUUUUGCACUUCAUGUAAAAUGUCUCAUUGGAAAACUAAUUAUCUUUUAAAUUCGGCACAUAAUCUUUUCGUCUUAUGUUCUUUGGUUAAAAUUUUGGCACAUUUUUGCAGUGCUUAAGCAAGUAAACAUGUGAAGGUAUAUAUAUUUACUUUUUGCUAAUGCAAUAUUGACUGCUGCCUCAAACUGCAGCCGAGGUAGUUUCACACUGAGUCCGAGCAAGGCUUCACACUGGGGCGCCAGAGAAAUAACACGCAGGAUGCUGUCGUGUCAGUGUUGCGCUCACGUCAAUGGAACAAUGAAAUGCAUUCAAACUGCGAACCAUGGUUGUGUUUUGUGUGAAUGUGGUGUAGAUAGAAUGCCUGUUACGAGCUUUGUUCGAAGCUUACCUUUGGCAUUUGCUCAACUCUUCUUUGUAUUGCUUUCAAAUACUUGAAUGGUUGUGUAUGUUUCUUUUGUCUGUAAUAACUUUACGAAAUUGUUCGUUCUUAUUUUGCAAUAUGCAUCGUAAUUUUCUAUUACAUAAUUCAAACUGAAGUUUGUAUGUAUUAUUAAUCUUGGAAAUGUUUUUCAUCUUGUUUGGGAAUAUUGUAUUUGCAACAUCCUUACUGUGUAAUGAAAGACUUGCUACUGCAGACUAGUGUCGACAUCAGAGAUGUUGUUGUGAGUGGUUCAUGAUUAAGAAUUGAGCAAGGGCACCAUGACUUUCUCUCUUCUGAAUCGCACACAGUGUAUGUUACUAAAUUUCAAAAUUAUAAAUUUGUCUGGGUAAGCAUGUUUUGUUUUCAUUACAUCUUCCCAAUUUUUACUGGGUUCACCUUAAUAGUGAAUUGGCUAAUAAACACUAUGAAAUAACAAACGAUUUACUCUAAACAGCAAUCAACCAUUAUUUUUAGAACAUAGGUAGGCACAUAACUUAAUUAUUGUAAACAUCAGUUGAGGUAUUAAUGCUAUACUGUGUUUUUCUUUUUUUCUUUUUCCUCUUGAAGACUAGGUCAACGGAGGAAAUAUAGGAAGGAAUUUGCUACUACGUAUGGUGAAUUUACCUACAGUGAUUUCAAAAAACCACAGGAAAACAAAAUGGAAAUGCCUAGACACGGAUUUGAAACCAUUUAUCCUCGAAUAUGAGUCCACUGAUUUAUCUUUUAUACAACCUCGCUCAAAUUUUAAACAUAUUACAAAGUGUGCAAGUUAUACCACAAAAAUUUCAAUCGUAAAGCAUUAAGUAUUUUAUUUAGGUUAUAAAUAAUCUAAAAUUAAAUUGUUAAAAAUUUUAGAUUUUGGUUAUAAGCAUUAAAUAAACAUGAUUUUAUUUUUGGAACAAAGUUCAAAAGAUACGCCAGUAGUUCAUCAGAGAUUGAAAAAAGCUCAGUUUGUUUUGAUUUUGAUAAUUCAGAGUCCAAAAUUUUGAUUUAACUUGAAGCACUGUGUUGGAAAGCAACAUUGUGUUAGGUUCUCAUAAUAGGUGACAAGUGGGAAUUACCGGUACAUGUUUCCUGUCUAAUUGUUGUAUUUUUUAUAAAUUUUGAACCUCUUAUAUUCAUCUUUAAGCAUGUGUUUUGGUUUUUUUCUUCAUUGAGUAUUCACAGUUUAAUAAUACAUGAAAAUUUCAGUAUUUUUUUCAGUACAUUAUAAGAUAACAUUGUUUAACUCCUCUAAUUACUUCUUAUUUACACAAAUAUUGACAAAACAUGCUUUCCCACACAAGCAAGUUUUGUGUGAAAAUGUCUUAAACUAUUUGUGAAUAAUAAAAGCCCAUACUACAGUAUCUAUUUAUGGGUAUACUCUUAUUAAAUUACUGACUAUGAAUUAAUGAAAAGAUCUGACAGAAAAGGUUUUCUAGGCAUAGAAGAUAAUAUUUUUAAUUGUUGUAAUAGAUGGGUGGUUGAAAUAUUCUGGAGUGGAAGAAACUUAAAUUUUGGUGUUUGGAUAGUAGUGAAAGUCAUGUGUAAUGCUCUUGCACACAUUUGACCGUGGUUUCGAGCAGGAUAGCAUGUAACAUAUAGGAAGCAUUGCUUGUGUGCAGUCGUGGAUUGUGUUUCUGUGGAAGCUAAGCUUGUGUUACGUCAAUGGCACGCAUGUGGUGUACGAGAUGUGGUGAUGAUACUUAAAAGACACACUAGACUAGUACUGUUUGUAAUACAUACUGUAUUUAAUAAAGUAAACAUAGUUUGUAGAAUAUACAUCAGUAUAUAUAUUUUUUAUCCUGGAGACAUUCAUAAAAUUUGUGAUCUUAUUUAUUGUAUUUCUGGAAGAGUAUAAUUUUUUUUUCCCAAGUGAUGGUGAUGUAAAUAAUGUGCAUAAUAAAUUCUGUGCAAUUGUUGCAA